AUGGAAAUUGCACAAGUUACAGGCUUGACAGGAGAGAGAGCCAUGCAGCUGAGGUUAGGUGGUGGUGGCACUGUGAGGACCACAUUGGGGGGGACGAGUGGCAUUAAGCUCAAUACGCACAAGGGAGGGGCUACCUUGAUGAGAGAUUCACAGUUGCAACAUUCCGAUAUGGAUUCGUGA